UGGCUGACAGCUAUCUUGUCGCCCUGUCGGUGGAUAACAUUUCGGGGCAGUGAAGUAGAUUUUCCGCGAAUUUUUCUCGUCGAGCGCGUUCCCCGGGACAGUUUGCGACAUAAUUUGCGGCAAAAUAGACUUGGAGAGAGCCAUUAAAGAUGAUUACAAACAAAUCGGAUCGAAGGUGUUGGUAUAUUUGCUCGUAUUGAACAUUUUAGUGGAUUUUCGCUGUGGGAAAGUAGUUUCGGCGCUUUUGAGAGAAAAGUAGUGUCCCCGGUGUGAGUGUGUGUGCAGUGGAGUGCAAGAGCUGUUUUUUAUUUAUUUGUGAAAUGAAAUUUUCGUCGGGCGGCUAACUGCGGCGGAUCUUCAUUGAAAUAUUAAUGCCGGUCGAAUAGUCAGAGGCGUCGACUCUGCAAGGGAAUCGAUGCGUCCGAAUGCUGCAGACAACCGGAAUGGAAUCCACGGAACCCUGGCGGGAUUAGAUAAAAUAUAGCUUCUACUACCUUGGAUAUUCAGCUUAUGUUCAUCUUCACCCACGCCCAAGUUUUGGUAACAUAAAAGAACCAGCAGGCCAUGUAUCCAGUGCCAAAAACAAACUACAAAGUUGCAAUCGUGAAAAAUUGUUCACAUGAUAUGAUGAUAAUGAUAUUAACGGCCGCAUUUUCUUCAUUGAAUGUUAAAUAAAAAUUUCAUGAGAAAUUUUGUUUAAGAAAACUUCAUACCUAGUCACCAAAUUAGUUUAAACCCAGUUAAAAUAACAAAGAACUUUAGGUAAUAAAAAAACACGGCAAAUCAAGUUAAAAAGAGAAAUUCUGUUUAUAAGACGCAAAAUUCACAAGAAAUUUUUAGAAAAGCAAAUUCAACUAAAUAUAAAGAAGACUACAAGAGAUAAGAAAAUCAAAAGAGUUAACAUUUGAUAUCACAUCAUUUCUGAAGAACUAUGCUAUGAAAUUAAAUACACCCGCAAGCUCGGAACGAAUUCCGUAGUCUCUUAGGGCUCAGAGCAACUAGAAGAAGUUUUAGACUACCAAGAAUCUCUCUGAGGACUUAAGUGAAAUUUCAAUAAAUUCCACCAAAACUAUGGGUAAUAAGAGCUCAUGCUGUGCCUACUCAAGUCCUCCACCAGAACGCAAAGCCAAGGAAGUUCCUGUAUACGAAGAACAUCUGCCCGAAGGGAAUCAAUCGACCAAUAAUAUCCAGCAUAUUUCAGAGCGCGAAACCACGGAUGGUGACGCUGAUCCCUCUGUGGAUCCAUCGGCAGCGACAAUUUUCCUGGAGCGAUCGAAAGUUGAAAAUGGAGUGAUAACAAGGAAAAGGUCUCAACACCAGAUUGCCCAACAGCACGGUUCGUCAAGUAUAAGUGUGACGGGCUUGAAGAAAAGCUCGUCUUGCUCGACAAUCUACCUUGACGAUAGCACUGUAUCACAACCAAAUCUUAAAAAUACAGUAAAAUGUGUAUCACUAGCUAUUUAUUAUCAUAUAAAGAAUCGACAAUCCGAACGACGAUUAGAUAUUUUCGAUGAAAAAUUACAUCCGCUAACAAGGGACCCAGUUCCCGACGAAUAUGACAUACACAAUCCGGAACAUCGGCAAAUAUACAAGUUUGUGCGGACGUUAUUCAAUGCUGCUCAACUAACAGCGGAAUGUGCUAUCAUAACCCUAGUCUACUUAGAACGUUUACUAACCUACGCCGAGUUGGAUAUAGCUCCCUGCAAUUGGAAACGAAUGGUGUUGGGAGCUAUACUGCUAGCGAGCAAAGUGUGGGACGACCAAGCUGUCUGGAACGUUGACUAUUGCCAAAUUCUCAAGGACAUUACAGUGGAAGACAUGAACGAACUCGAAAGACAAUUUCUAGAAUUGCUACAAUUUAACAUUAAUGUACCAUCUUCAGUUUACGCUAAAUAUUAUUUCGAUUUAAGAACAUUAGCCGAGGCAAAUGAUUUAUCAUUUCCUACAGAGCCAUUAUCUAAAGAACGCGCACAAAAACUCGAAGCCAUGUCACGAGUUAUGCAAGAUAAAGUUACUGCAGAAGCCUUGAAAAAUGGAAUGAAAAAAUGGUCAUCAAUGGAUAAUAUUAGUCAAGGUGGUCCAAGGCGGAGUAUUGCUAUCUUAUCGUGAUUACUACUAGUUGCCUACUAGAUUUUAAGAGACUUUAGUAGACAACAUAUGUAAUUGAUAUGUUCUUAAGGAUAAACCGAUAAAAUUCAAUUGACUUACGAAGCUAUCGAUUACAGAUCUUAUAGUAGAAUUUUAAAGUAGGAUACCAUUACUGCAUCAGGAAGGAUCAUUUAGACCCUCAUUUCUCGUAGUCAUUUGUCAUUUUCGACUAGAUUUUUUUAAGUAGAAUUCUCGCUAAGACUAUAUAUUUCUAUUCUCCGCGUAAACCAUGUGAGUGCGAAUCACUAUCGUGAAUUAGUGUUAGCCAAGAUUCUCAAUUUAGCGUUUUUUUUUCUUUUAAGUAGAAGCUUCUUAUUCAACUCUGAUAGCAUCCAGUCGAUCCACCCUUUGUGCUUCAUAGUAAUAUCCCUUGACGUAGUUCUUUCUCCAUACUCUGCUUCUGUGUAACUCAUUUGCGUAUGCAAGAUAAGAAAGACACCAUUCUUUGUUUUGCAACAUCUACAAAUUGGUCCAAAUGCGAAACAAAAAUGAUCGUGUUCAUAGUCUAUCAUGAAGAUCAAAUCGAGUUUCGGAAUUGCAAUUUUAUUCCAAAGUCAUUUUUUUCCAAAGUAAACAAAGGCGAUUCCGAAACUUUUGUAUUCAAAAGAACACUUCCUGUGCAUAUUUUUAUUCCGGUGACGACUAUUGCACACCAAUUAGACUUAAGUUCAAUUAAAGAUAAAACAUGCGAAAAUUUAAACUCUUGUGAUGGACAGAUUUAGGAAACCGAGUAAAAAAUUCAUUAUGAAUUUUAUGUAAUUUACUGUAAUAUAGAAGAAUUGAAUGCAAUUUAUAGAAUUAUUACUAAAAAUGCGAAAAAUGAAUUUAUUUUUCUUUGUUUUUGUUUAAAGAUCAUAUUUUAUAAAAUUAUUUCUUUUAUUUUGCUAUUAUUUUAUUUUUACACGAGUAUCUAUGUUGAUUAUUAUUUUCUUCAAGAGAAAUUCACUUUCCAAUAUGUGGCAAUGAUUAAUUGAAAGUUUUGUGAUUAGAACAAUUAAGAAAACCGAAGCAUUUUAGAAAGAAGAAUUAAUAAAGAAAAUAUACAUCUAUUUUUCCUUCUUUUAAAGUUGAGAAGUUCACGGAACCAGUUUAAGCGAAUAAUCAAGCAUAAAUAGAAUUUAUUUUAUACCACAUAAAUAAUCUGCAACAAAGAAUAUACACUUAAAAAGAUAUGAACUAAGAGAAUGAACACAAUUUUUAUACUCCUACAAGAAAUUAUUACGUAAUUAAGAAAGAAAUACGAAUAAACUAAAAAAUGGAAAGGAGAUAAAGGCGACAUUGAAACCAAUACACGACUGUACACAAUAAAAAUCAUCUUUAUAAUGUUUA